AUGUCUACGGAGCCCACCGUCAACUCCAGCACGCCUGCGAAUACGGAACCUGUCAGCACCACUGGCACUGACGUCACCAAGCCGGCCCCGGACGAUGCAUCGAAACACACCAAUGGUGAUACCCAUGCGGCCAAACCAGACGGGGCUAGCCAUAUUCCCGAGGAAAGCAAGUCCACAGAUGCCCCCGAGCCCGUCGACGCAGCCAAAAGCGCGGAGGAGCCACCGUCGGGGGGCCCGGUCCUAGCUACGGGCGUUGAUUCUCAGCAGCCUGCUAAGGAGGCCAAACCUGAUGCGCCCAACGCAGGCGACAAACGAGAGCAUGAGCCGACCUCUGCCUCGACCGAUACAGAUCAGCCUUCCACCGAGUCCUCGGGUCCGCCCACCGUCGCACCGGCCCCCAAAAAGCAAAAGACCAACGAUAAGGCUGCGACUGAAAACGGUACCCAAGCAAAUGGAGAGAAGAAGAAGGCCGGUCGCCAGAACAAGGCGAAAGAAGCCGUGAAGAAGGUGGUCCCUACCGAUGGCAUUGGUAGUCGGACUCGCAGCCGGACCAAGGCGGCAUCUUGA